CCACCACGUCAGCAUCUAAUCCAGUAUCUCCAUGUCAGCGCCACGUAUAAAACCCCAGUGACAAAACCCAUCCAACGGUCCAAUCACUCUUCCUCCACCCUUUUCCUCCAUCCAACGGUCCAAAUUCGUCUUUCUGGAUCCUUCCAUUGCCAUUAACAAAACUGAAGGCGCAAAAAACCCAAAAUAGGAAAAAAAAAAAAAGCAAGAGAGAGACAGAGACAGAGAGUAGAGUAACAGGAUUAACUAGGGUUAGUUGUUUAACCCAUUAAAGGAAAGGUACGGCAACUGAGUUAAAGAACGUUUCUUCGAGGAAGGAGAGACAGAGCUGGAAGGGAAAAAUGGAAAAGAAAUAGAAAGAGGGAAGCUUUCCUGUGUUAGACAACUGAGUCAACCCGGACGGUUCCUUGCAUCCGUAAACAUUUCCUCUGAUUCAUUUUCUUCAUUCAACUCGCCAAUUCCGAUUCUAAAAUCAACUCAGGAUUUUAUUUGUUUCUUUUUUUUUUCGAAGUUAAAUAUAAUCGACGAGUUGGGUAAUGGAGAUUUCUUUUUAACUUUUCUUCAGAUCUCGACAUCUGGUUUUAUGGGGUUUUCAACUGUUUAUGGCUGCUGAAGAUGGCUUGUUCAAUGUGGUAUAAGGAUAGAUUUUCAUAUUGGUCUGCUGAAUCUGUCGAUUGGGUUCUUUUUCUUUACUCUUUUGUGUUGUUGGUUGGGGUUUUUAGUUGUGGUUUUAUUGAUUGAUGAUUGCUGGUGAAUUGGAGUUUUUCUUGUUCAUUUGCGAUUGGCUUUGGAGUUUGGGUCUUCUUGGAGGGGAAGGAGCUCUCUUCUGCUGUUGUCUCUGCCUUCGGCUUCCAGGAAAGCUGUGAUUGUUUUUCUUGACUUUUCAUGUUGCAUAAUUCAAACUCAGAUGGCUGUGGCAGUUUUUAAAAGCCCUCUUAGAGGGGAAUAUCCUAGGAACACUGGAAUGGAACGGAGACAACCUGCUGGGAGGAGACGGGUUUUUGUGCAAACAGAGACAGGUUGUGUCUUGGACAUGGAGUUGGAUCGCAGUGACAAUGCUCAUAUCGUUAAAAGAAGGUUGCAGGUUGCCCUUAAUUUUCCUACGGAGCAAAGCUUGCUGACUUUUGGGGAUAUGGAGUUGAAGAAUGAUCUUAGUGCCAUUCGGAAUGAUUCUCCACUUCUCCUAACACGUAACUAUCUACACAGAAGCUCCUCUACUCCAUGUCUUUCGCCUAGUGGAAGUGAUCUUUGGCAUAGAGAUAGAAGUGGUCCUAUUGAGAUACUGGGACAUUCUGAUAGCUUUGAUGUGUUAAAAGUUUUGGUGAAGGAAAUUGUUAAGGCAAUUAAGAUUGGUGUUGAUCCACUUCCUGUUCAUAGUGGUCUAGGGGGUGCCUACUACUUUAGGAAUAAUAGAGGUGAGAGUGUUGCAAUUGUGAAGCCAACAGAUGAAGAACCUUUUGCACCAAAUAAUCCUAAAGGCUUUGUUGGGAAAGCCCUUGGACAACCAGGUUUGAAACGUUCGGUUCGGGUAGGGGAGACAGGUUUCAGGGAAGUUGUGGCUUACCUUUUGGACUAUGGACAUUUUGCAAAUGUGCCUCCGACGGCACUGGUGAAGAUUACUCAUUCAGUCUUCAAUGUCAAUGAUGGUGUGAAUGGACAUAAGCCUCAUGGGAAGAAUCUGGUUAGCAAGAUUGCAUCUUUCCAGCAGUUUAUACCACAUGAUUUUGAUGCUAGUGAUCACGGAACCUCAAGCUUCCCUGUUUCUGCUGUGCACCGCAUAGGGAUACUUGAUGUACGGAUAUUUAACACAGACAGGCAUGCAGGAAACCUUUUAGUGCAGAAGCUUGAUGGUAUUGGGAGGUUUGGUCAGGUGGAACUCAUUCCUAUUGAUCAUGGCCUUUGCUUGCCUGAAAAUUUGGAGGAUCCAUACUUUGAGUGGAUUCAUUGGCCUCAGGCUUCAAUUCCGUUCUCUGAUGAUGAACUGGUGUAUAUAGAAAAGCUAGAUCCUCUUAAGGACUGUGAGAUGCUGCGAAGGGAACUCCCCAUGAUACGAGAGGCUUGUCUACGGGUUCUGGUACUCUGCACAAUUUUCCUUAAGGAAGCUGCGGCUUCUGGUCUCUGUCUUGCUGAAAUUGGUGAGAUGAUGAGUAGAGAAUUCCGGGCUGGAGAUGAGGAACCUAGUGAGCUAGAGGUUGUUUGUCUCGAUGCUAGGAGGUUGAUAGCAGAGAGGGGGGUCUCAUCUCCUAAGUCCAAUGUGGGAGAUGCAGAGUUCCAGUUUGAUAUUGACUGUGAGGAACAAGAAUCAGACUUAACCCCCAAAAUGUCUACAGAUGAUUUUAUGACUAGAGCACCAUUCCAAUUUGGAAAUGGAUUUGUGAAUAGCCGAUUUCCACUUUCAAAGCUGGAGGAAUGCUUUGAGGAAGACGAGGAAAGUGAAGGAGAAGCAGAGCUGGAGGGGUUUUUUGCUUUCAAAGCUAUUGAAAGGAACCCAUCCAUUUCAAAACUUUCAAUGUCACUUAAAGAUAUCAGCCUAGUUGACAAGAGCCAGAAGAUUUCAAAGUUUUCUGGAACAAAACAAGAAAAUGGCUAUCUUACUACCUCAUCUGGGCAUAGGAGUGCAAAUGAGCAGAUUCCUGCGAGUGUGAGCUUUGUGAAGCUGGCUGACUUGAAUGAGGAGGAAUGGACUUUCUUCUUGGAGAAGUUUCGGGAGUUGCUUUACCCAGCAUUUGAUAAACGAAAAUCCGUUACCUUAGGUCAGAAGCAGAUACAGAGGCUAGGUACUUCAUGCCAGUUUUGAGAUUGAGGUGCCACUAUAUCAAUACCAGAGUUGAGUUAACUGAAGAUGAAAUAAGACUUUGUAGGUUUGUUGGGACUUGGGAUGAAGGAUUGUUAGGAUAGAUUCGUUAUAUGGGUUUUCCCCGGGGAAUGUCGUAGUUUGGGAGCAGCUGUAGGAGGAAUCCCUCUUUGCUUCAGCUAAGUGCAGAGCUGAGUAGAAUUGGUUGCAUUUUAUCUUUUUGAUUUUGUUUUAUUUUUCCUUCUUUUCUUUCACCUCCUCGUGGACAUUGUU